AUGAAGAGAAUACUACAAAUUGCAAGCAGGAAGAUAAAACAGUCUUCCGAAACUUGUGACACUUCAAGUGAAAUACGUGUAGGUUAUGAAUUGAAAGAGGAAGAUUUGGGAAAACUACACAAAGCUGCUUAUGCUGGGGAUUUGAACAGACUUCGGCAGCUCAUUAAGAAAAAGGAUGUUAAUCAACUGGAUAAACAAAAUAGAGCACCGCUGCACCUUGCAUGUGCAAAUGGACAUGCUGAUGUAGUUGCUUUGCUUGUUGAAAAUAAAUCAAACCUGAACAUUUGUGACAACGAAAACCGCUCUCCUUUGAUGAAGGCAGUGCAGUGUGAACAGGAACGUUGUGUAGUUAUCUUACUAAGCCAUGAUGCUGAUCCUAAUCUGGUGGACAUUAAUGGAUAUACUGCUCUGCAUCUUGCUGUCCUGAUCCCUAACAUCACUUUGGCAACGCAUUUGCUGGAGUAUGGGACACACAUAGAUGCCCGAGAUAAGAAUGGAUAUACUCCUCUGCUGUUAGCAGCUACUAGGAACCACCAAAAAAUGGCAAAAUGUCUUCUUAAAAAGGGUGCUGAUGUGAAUGCAAAGGACAAAACUGGGAAAACUACCCUGAUGAUUGCUGCAAGCAAUGGACAAACUAACUUAGUUAAGCGGCUUCUACGUCAUGGUACAGAUGCUUCUUUAAAAGAUGAUAAUGGAUGGACAGCUGACGAUUAUGCACUUAGGAAUGGACAACAUGCUUGUUCUCAUCUAAUCACUGAACAUCAUACAAAAAAGAGACGUCGGUCAUCACGCUUUAAAUCAGGAGCGAUGAAAGAGAUGCCCAGUAGAUCAGACCAUUCUGCUGAAGUAAACUUGGGAUUUGGAGAACCAGCCAUGAAUAAAGAGAUGAUAGAUGAUAUUUCUCUGACAGAACCUUUCAGUGGGGAGUCAAAGAGUGCUGUAGAUUCCUGGUUGUCCUCAGAUGAAGAAGAUAAUGUGCCAUGUUCUUCCAAGACAAUCCAGAAGAGUAAUUUGACCAACUUGCUAAAUUCUUCACAGCGAAACAAGAAAAACAUGAUAGAUGAUAUUUCUCUGACAGAACCUUUCAGUGGGGAGUCAAAGAGUGCUGUAGGUUCCUGGUUGUCCUCAGAUGAAGAUGAUAAUGUGCCAUGUUCUUCCAAGGGCAUGUUCUUGGAAGAGGAGGAGGCCCAGCCUUUAAAAGCUUGUUCCAAAAGGAAUAACUUGGGCUCAAAUGAGGAGGAAUAUGAAAAUCAACAUAAUCAAGAGAGGCCAAUCAAACAAGAUCAUUUAUCUUUCAUGAAUGUUUUAUCUGCCUUUGAAGAUAGUUCUGCAAGUGAGAUAUCCGCAGAUAAAGAGAAGAAUAACUUGGGCUCAAAUGAGGAGGAAUAUGAAAAUCAACAUAAUCAAGAGAGGCCAAUCAAACAAGAUCAUUUAUCUUUCAUGAAUGUGUUAUCUGCCUUUGAAGAUAGUUCUGCAAGUGAGAUAUCCGCGGAUGAACAGAAGAAUAACUUGGGCUCAAAUGAGGAGGAAUAUGAAAAUCAACAUAAUCAAGAGAGGCCAAUCAAACAAGAUCAUUUAUCUUUCAUGAAUGUGCUACCUGCCUUUGAAGAUAGUUCUGCAAGUGAGAUAUCCGCAGAUGAACAGAAGAAUAACUUGGGCUCAAAUGAGGAGGAAUAUGAAAAUCAACAUAAUCAAGAGAGGCCAAUCAAACAAGAUCAUUUAUCUUUCAUGAAUAUGUUAUCUGCCUUUGAAGAUAGUUCUGCAAGUGAGAUAUCCGCAGAUGAAGAGAAGAAUAACUUGGGCUCAAAUGAGGAGGAAUAUGAAAAUCAACAUAAUCAAGAGAGGCCAAUCAAACAAGAUCAUUUAUCUUUUAUGAAUGUGUUACCUGCCUUUGAAGAUAGUUCUGCAAGUGAGAUAUCCGCAGAUGAAGAGAGAGCUCGCAAAGCCUCUUCAAAUGAAAUGAUGGCACCAUUGUUCGAUACUAAAAUGUUCACUGACAUGAGUGCACAAGAACUUGGGUGUAUCAUAAACAAUUACCCAAUUGGCUGUGAUGUCCAAAACCACGCUGUCAUGUUUAACAACUUGUAUUGGAACGGGAAAGCAAUGAAUAUUUCUGAUGACCUGAGUAAUCUCACACAGUUGUUUGAUAGUAGUGAAAGCGACUCAGAAUCUUCUGAUCUCAUGCACACAAUUAAGGCGCAAUUAUUCCAAAUUGAUGUGGAGACGAUAGACUCAGUAAGUUUACUGAAAAUCCAAAAUAUGGUUCAGGAAUAUGAAAGAGAAUUGGAACGAGAAAGGAAAGAUAAUGCCUUUCUCGCAAAGGAAGUGAAAUAUCUAGCGAAUGAGCGUAAAGAACUCGGUCAAAUAUUGAUGGAAGCUGGAGAUAAGAAAUUAAUACUGGAGUAUAAAAUAAUGGAGAAGGAUCUUGAAGUUAAAUACUACAAUUUCAGGAUGAAACAAGAGAAGGAGAAACGGAUAACUGCAGAAAUGUUGUUAGAAAAGAGCUGUGAACAUCUUCAGAGAAAGGAAUCCCAGUAUUGUGAAGAAAUCCAAGCAAAACAUAAGUCUGAACAAAUGUUAAGAAACCUGGAGAUAGAAAGGGACACAGUGAUGAUCAAUCUGAAAAAGCUGAGUGAAGAAAACAAAGAGUUGCAAAUCCAAUUAAACCAGGAGAAAGCAAAAUGUGAAGAGAUUCUGAACAGGCAUCUGCACAAUCAGCAAAAGAUUGCUGAAGAAAAUAAUACGACUGUACUGGAAAUAGAGCCUCUUGCUCAAUGCGACAAUCACCACAAUGAAGAAGCACUGAUGGAACACAAUUGUACACUACAGCAGGAAGUUACUGUGCUCAAGCGUGAAUUGAAAUAUUUGUGUGAACACCAUCAAGAGGAACGGGAAAAGUAUAUGGAACAGAUUGAGACUUUAAAAGUAGAGCUUGAAGAUACAAAGAAGGGUUUAAGAAGUAGUCAAAAUAACCUAACUCAAACAAACUUACAGGAUAAUAGUCAGCUGAAUGCCAUGAAAAGUGAAGUUUUAUUGCUGACUUCCAAACUUGAGACACAAAGAACAGAUCAACAGAAUGAGAAGGAAUCUAUUCUUUCACGUUUGAAUGCAACAAUUCAAGAAUUGGAACGUAGUCAGAAGGCCAACUGUGAAUUUAGACAAAUUCUUCAAAGGGAAUGUGAUGAAUGGGUUCAUUUAGAUGAAAAAAGAAAUAAUGAAAUAUCUAAUCUUUGUGCAAUCAGUAAGGAAAUGUCACAUAAAUUAACUAAAGAGGAAAGAAAAGCCAAUGAUUUAGACAAGAAACUUCAUCAUGCUAAACUUUCUCUUGCUGAGAAAAACAGUAUGCUUGAAAGUGUUCAGAAAGAGCUGAAGCAGUUUCAGGAGCAUGUAACUGAUCCAGAACAAACAAAUAAAGUGGAAAAAGGACAGUUAAGCAAACAUGAAGUUUCUCUGGUAUCUUUACAAGAGAGACUAGCCCAAGCUCAUAGUGAAAUUACACUGUUACGUCAACAGCUCGAAGAUGCACAAAACAAAGUUAUAAUGAAGGAAAAGGUGGUUACUGAUGUUCAGGACAAAUUCAAUAAUACACUUGCUAAACUGCAAAAAGAUAGUGAGCAGAGGAUCAGUUUGUUGGAGAAAAGAAAUGAGGAGUUGUUGAACAAGAACAUGGAACAAAGCAAAUAUGAAAAUGAAAUAGGUGUAAAAGAGGCUUCGUUCAGACAGCUUCAACAGGAUCUCGCUGAUUCGCUGAAAAAACUUGCUAUGUCAGAGGCCUCUUUGGAAGUGGUCACACGUUCUCGCGAUGAAUUAGAGGGUGAGAAUGAUCAUUUACAGAACAAAUUGCAUGGAUUGAAAAUUAAGUUAGAGGUGAACAGAGAGAAAAACCUGCAAUCAGAAAGGGAAAUUCAGCAAUUGCAGAAUGCUUUGAAAGACAAAGAAUAUGAGAUUAUAGCUUACCUUAGAAUGGGAGAAGCCCUUUCAACCUCCUCACAAAGAGAUGAGCCCAAAAAGCAUCUCAAAGAUCAGAUUCAGAGGUUAAAGAUAGAGAAUGCACAAUUAAAAGCUGCUGCAAAAGAGCAAACAAAUACAUCUGAGUUAUUGGAGAUGGAAAUUAAAGAGUCCCAGUCAUGCACAAAGAGAAAAAGUAGAAAAGGUACAUCUGUAGAAAUUCGUCAGCAUCUUUGUUGUCAUUUGGAGGAAGAACUGAAACCUCGAUCUAAACUAUACAGAAUGAAAACACUCUUGAAGACUACCAAAAAGAAGCUGAAACAAAAUGAAGUUAGACUGAUCGACUCCCAUAUCAACGGAAAUGAAGAACCGGACAAUGAGCAAAAUGAAACAGCAGACACUGUUAGCACACUAAAGAGGAAGAUUCAUGAAUUGUCCCACCAAAUUGAAGGAGGAUCUGCAAAAUGCAAGCAUCUGGAAUCAACAAAUGAAGAACAAAUCAAGGCAAUGCAUUUUCUACAAAAGAGUCAUGAUCAUCUAGAGCAAAGGAAACAGCAGCUAGAGGAGGAAAUAUUGCACAUGAAAACUCAGGCUGAAACUCAAAGCAGUUACUUGAAGAGCUACAAGAAGAAAAUGAAGAAACAAGCUCGGAAGGAAGUAAUACAGAAGAUGGAAGAAGUUAAUACAUUUUUGAAAAUCCAUCAAGUCUCCAGUGAAACUUUGGAGGAAAUUAAAGCUUCAAAUGAGCUUUCAUCCAGAUAUGAACUGGAACAGAGACACCAAGACCUAGAAUGGGAGCUGAAUAAGUUUAGAACUUCACAACAAGAGAUUCUGAAACUUAAAGGACCUGCAGAGAAGGAAAUUGAAAUAAACAAAGAGUUGCAUUCACUACAAUCUAAACCAUGUGAAUCCAUUGCAGCACAGCUUAAUGAGUAAGAUUUUUGAAAGAUUGUUUUCCCUAGACCUCAAUGGUUCAUAGCAUACACCAACAGAAUCAAGAAACUCAUUCAUAAGGCCAGUGAUGUUGUGGGGAUGGAACUGGACUCUCUCACGGUGGUGUCUGAAAAGAGGAUGCUGUGUAAGUUGCAUGCCAUCUUGGACAAUGUCUCCCAUCCACUACAGAAUAUACUGGUUGGGCACAGGAGUACAUUCAGCCAGAGACUCAUUCCACCGAGAUGCAGCACACAGCGUCAUAGGAAGUCAUUCCUGCCUGUGGCCAUCAAACUUUACAACUCCUCCCUUGGA